AUGACCGAUGCUAUUCCACAUCAACUUCUUAAAAGAACAUCUACAUUUCUUCAAUGUCCUUCGUUUGAUGGGAUAUCGCCCCCACCACCUUUAAUCCAAGUAACACUUUCAUCUGAUCCUCCCGUCCCCGGAAAAAAAGAUAAAUUUACUAUUUCCGGAAAAAUUUCGGAAGACUUAACCGCAAGUGCCUCAAUUCUGAUCGCAUUUAUGGAUACGGCUAAAAACUUACUAGGAAAACCCUUUGUUGUACCUGUUUGUACUGGAAAGCACUGUCUAAUUAAAGCUAAUGAACCAUUUAAAAAGUCAGUGGAAGUUCCUAUAUUAGCCAAAUUACCUAAUCCAUACAUUCUUUUAGUUGCUGUUGGAUAUGUACCUUUGAUUUUCAAGGCU